AUUUAUCGAAAAUUAAACUCAGUGUUAUUAGAGUACCCAUCUGAACUUAAUGCUGAAUCAUCAUAUCAUGGGCUUUGAUCAUAUGUAACAAAAUUGCUGUGACAUCAUCAUGCCGUGACACAAUGCUGUGAUAUCACUUUGUUGUGACAUCAUUAUAGUGAUUUUACGGACAUCUUGAGAUGUCGAUUGUGACAGUACAAAUAGGACAAUGUGGGAAUCAAGUCGGUGAACAGCUGUUCUCUACGAUCGCGGAGGACACUUAUGGCAAAUAUUCUGGAGUGGGAGUGAAGGACAAUGAGACGUACAAAACAGAGGUUGAGAAAUGUUUUUUUACCCUUUCUGAAAAGGGGCCUCCAAAAGCCAAGGCAGUGUUAGUCGAUAUGGAACCGAAAGUUAUAGCUCAAUGUAAAACAAAUGCUAAAAGAUCAGGUCUAUGGAGUUACAAUGACUCGUCAAGCUUUUGCCAAAAACGAGGCUCGGGUAACAAUUGGGCGCAUGGAUAUUUUAAACACGCUCAAAAUGCAUCGAUAAACGUAAUGGAGCUCUUAAGAAAGGAGGUAGAAAAGUGUGACCAUUUAGGAGGCUUUCUCGUUCUGAUGAGCUUAGCCGGAGGGACUGGAUCGGGUGUCGGAGCAUAUUUAUCACAAACAAUACGAGACGAAUUCCCUAACUCAUUCAUCGCAAAUCAAAUAGUUUGGCCAUAUAACACUGGAGAAGUGAUUGUACAAAACUACAAUGCAAUUCUGACCCUGUCGCAUCUUUACAAUUCAUCUGAUGCUAUAUUGAUUUUCGAAAAUGACCACAUGCAAAAGAUGUGUACACAGUUAAUGGGAAUCAAGAAUAUAUCGUUCAGAGACAUCAACAAGGUCAUAUGUCACCAUCUAGCAGGGGGUUUAUUACGUACUAAUGGAUUCCUCAACUGUAAUAGACUUAAAACCAAUCAUCUAGGUGAUGUCCUAGAGCACCUUGUAUCCCAUCCAGACUAUAAACUGCUUACAAUGCGUGCCAUACCUCUGAUGUCACAGCACUCAAAGGCCUACAGCUCCUACAAUUGGCCGGGACUUCUCAAGCAUCUCCGUCAAAUGUUAGUCGCAAAUGCUGCUAUGGAAGAAGGUAUUGACUGGAAUGUUAAAGUCAGUGAAGGUAAAUUCAGGACAUUCAACAAAUCUGUCGCCAAUUUAAUGUUCCUUCGAGGAAAAGACAUUGCAUCACCAGAUAUCUCAGCUUUCCAAGAUAGCCGACUCUACCCAGAUUGGAUUCCACCAGGAUGCGCUCUUGAAACAUGGACUCAACCACGCUGUUUUCAUCAGUAUGAAAAAGCGGCCAUAAUGCUUAGCAACAGCCAAUCACCUGUCGGGCCUUUGAAUCAUGUGAUCAGCAAAGCAUGGGGUAUGUUCUCAUCGAGAGCCUAUGUGCACCAGUACACAAAUCACGGAAUGGCGGAGGAAAAUUUUCUUGAUGCGUUUACAAGUUUGGAGCAAGUUUUGAAAAACUAUAAGGACCUUUGAUUGGCUAUACUGUCGAGGCAACAAGACUGAAAAACCAGAGAUUCUUGAAAGAUCACAAUAUGAUGAAGGGAUGUUGAUCUGUAUGAAAGACAAUCGAAAUUCAGAAACUGUGAUUUUACUCUGUUUUUGAGAACAGUAGGCCUUCGAUUGGGUAGAUCCGGGAC